CAGAUAUCUCAGGACAGAGAAGAGGGGCUGGUCUUGGUUAAUUUUUAACCAAACUGUCAAGUGACUCUCAGAGCUCCUGUAUAUAAUGGGGAAGUUUCUGCCAAACUGUCUGCAGCAAAAAGGACGUUAAAGGCUGUAAAGAUGCAUAAGAUCUUCACUAGUUGUGCACUUGCAGCACUGCUGCUGGCUGCAGCCUGGGCAGAUCACACCCAUCACACUGACCACACUGACCACAGCCAUGAUGGAGAACACAAAUGCCACAAGCUGUCUGCUCCCAAUGCUGACUUCAGCUUUGCCCUCUACAAGAAUCUGAAUUCCAAGACUGCUGCUGGAAAGAACAUCUUCUACUCGCCGCUGGGCAUUUCCACUGCCCUGUCCAUGCUGUCUACGGGGGCCAAGGGUGAAACCCACAGCCAGCUGUUCUCCACCUUGGGCUACAGUGCUCACAAUCAGGCAGAGGUCAAUGAGGCGUAUGAGCAUCUUUUGCACGUUCUUGACCAAAGCCAACAGGAACAGAAGAUGGUUGUCGGCAAUACUGCCGUGGUGCGAUCUGGCUGCAAUCCUCUGGAGCAGUUCCUGAAGGAUAUCAAGCACUACUACUCUGCUGAGAUCUUCAACGUCAACUUUAACAAACCUGCUGAUGCUGCAGCUGAGAUCAACAGGUUCAUUGCUGCUAAAACACAAGACAAGAUCAAAGACCAGGUGAAGGACUUAAGCCCUGACAUGGCCAUGGUGCUGAUCAACUACGUCUUCUUCAGAGGACAGUGGGAGAAACCCUUCGAUAAGAACAUGACCACCAAGGCAGACUUCCAUGUAGAUGACACCACCACGGUUCAGGUGGACAUGAUGAAGAGGACAGGUCGCUACGAUUUCUAUGAGGAUACUGACAACCACACCACUGUCAUUAUGCUGCCCUACAAGAACAACACCUCCAUGAUGAUCGUCCUGCCCGAUGAAGGCAAGAUGAGCGAAGUGGAGGGUUACAUCAACAAGGACUACCUCAAGCACUGGCAUGACUCACUGUUCAGGAGCUCUGUGGAUCUGUUCAUGCCAAAGUUUUCGAUCUCUUCUCAAGCCGCCCUGGACAACACACUGAGAGAAUUAGGCAUCACCAAUGCUUUUGCAAACAAUGCUGAUUUCUCUGGCAUAUCUGAAGAGAUCAAGCUCAAAGUCUCAAAGGUGUCCCACCAGGCCAUGCUGAGCGUGGACGAAACAGGAACAGAGGCAGCAGCUGCCACCACCAUCGAGAUCAUGCCCAUGCGUAUGCCUGAAGUCAUGAAACUCGACAGACCAUUCUUGGUAUUCAUCUUGGAGCACGGGACCCGUAGCAUCCUCUUCAUGGGCAAGAUCAACAACCCCACAGAUGCAUAAAGACGCUAAGAUAAUAAAUGUUAUAUUUGUGACAUUUUUACACUGUAGUUAAGUUUUAGUAGCUUCAGGACAUUAGCUUAUGCUUACUUCAGUAUCUGAAAGAACCUCAUAGAUCACAGAGAUAUUAAGAGCAUUGCAGGAAUGAUGAAUAGAGGGGUAGUUUGAUGAAUAAGACAACAGAUCUAUCAUCAAGUAACUAAAUGAUAGUCUAUUAAUCUGCUCGCAGUCUAUCAGCACGACGCAUUUAUUACCAUCUGUCAUCUGAACCUGGCUAGGUGUUUAAAUGUCUAAAUACAGCAUUAUAUAUUGCA